AUGACCGAGAUACACUUAAAUACAAUGGCGUCAAAGAAGUUGGGAGUCAUCGGUACGGGAGAUUUUGCUCGAGCUUUUACUAUCAGAGCCCAGCGAGCUAAUUUCGAUGUAGUGAUGGGCAGCCGUGACCCCUCCCAUCGCCAUCUUGAAUCCAUCGACCCUAGUCUUUCGAAGACCACCCUGUUAGAUAUCGCUGACUGCAUUGCCCAUUCGGACAUCAUUAUCAAUGCUAUCCACCCGGUCAACUACACAAUGCUAUCCAGGUUUAGAAACGAACUUAAGGAGAAAAUCCUGGUCGAUGUCUCUAAUAGCACCCGGAAGGACGUCUAUUCCAACGCCGAAUUUCUUUCAACUGAGACAGGAGCCAAAGUUGUGAAGGCUUUUAAUGGCGUGUCUUCAUGGGCUCUCCAGUCUGAGAGUUUCGGGGCGAGCAAAAACGUACAUAUAUGCAGUGAUCAUUUAGAGGCGAAACUGGCAGUCAUGCAGCUAGCUCGUGAUAUAGGUUUUGUGCCGGUCGAUCGUGGUAACUUGAGUGCUGCCCAUGAUAUCGAAAACGAAACUGGUCGCCUAUUUCCACAGUGGGUCGGACCGACAGCGUUUGCUUGGGGGCUUUUCUUUGUCUACUCCCUGUGGACGAUCGCUCGGAUGUUCAUGCGCAAGACGAUUAUCUGGAGUGAGUACCCGCUGACUCGACUCAACCCAGCUGUAUGCACGACGUCCGUGACGCUUUUGGCUUGCUGCUAUCUGCCCGGCGAAUUUGCUGCCUUCUUCCAGCUUUAUUACGGAAACAAGCACACCCGGUUCCCGAAUUGGCUCGACAGAUGGAUGAAGUCCCGCAAACAGCUGGGACUCUGGGCAUUUUUCUUUGCCACAUUUCACGUGAUCAUUUCGAUAUGCGUCCUCACCUCGUGGAACCUGGGUCAUUUCUACAAGCCAGCUCAAUUGGAUGGAAUACGUUUUCGUGCAGUCUUAUCUCGGCUAUUUCUGCUUGGCCCUGGCUUUGAGCCAUGUGCUGAUCCUCGGGGUGCGCUGGUGGAUGACCAUCACCCGGGUAUUCGUGCUAAUAAGAUCUUUCACCUUCAUUUCUAG